AUGAAGAUCCCUCUGGACACCUCCAGGCCAUUAUGGGAGCUUCACUUACUCGACUUGAAAACCGUAGACACCGAAGCGGUUGCCGUUUUAAAGAUCCACCACUCGCUCGGUGAUGGCAUGUCAAUCAUGUCUCUCCUCCUCGCUUGUAUGCGUAAAACAUCCAACCCUGACGAGCUGCCGAGUCUCCCUACUGCUUCAUCUCGGUUAACGGCCGGUUCAAGGAGUACUUCCAGGUUAUGGUGGUUGGUUAAGACUAUCUGGACGGCGGUUAUGUUGAUAUUAAACACGGUUUGUGAUGCUUUGGAGUUAAGUUUAACGAGAUUGUUCUUCAAGGAUACCAAAACGCCCAUCAAAGGCGAUUUCCUAUAA